AUGAAGAAAUAUAGUUCAAAUAUGCAAGAAGGGAAGAGUUAUUUAAAUUCUCAAUAUGUAAAUGAAGAUCCAAACUUCCAAAGCCUAAACAGGAUUUUAUCGCUCAGCUCUCAAAAGAAGAAAGGAUGCAUAUUACUGAAUUCACCGGAGUUCAAAGAAAAUUCUUGCAUGAUUCAAAAUAUAAGAAAAUCUUCAUUACCUACAAAUGAUUUAAUUAAAGAUGUUAUUAAUUAUUUGGAUGAUCUAGAAACAUAUGUAGAAGAAAGUUCAAGAAAGUUUCGCAUAAUUUCUAUUGAUGCUAAUGGGCAUAUGAAACAGCCUGAUAUUUUUGGUGCUGAAACAGGAUUGAUAGGAGAAACUUCAAAUGCUCACAGUGUAUCAACUGAAAAUCAGAAUGAUUUGAGCGAAACUCAGAACAGUCAUUUGAUUCAAAAUGAGGAAGUUACUACUUCUAUAGAGAAUUCAAAUAAAGCUGUGCAAGACAGAUUAUGUAGCCACAAAGAAAAUAUUGCCCAUGUUGAAUCAUUAAUAAAUAAGCUCCAAAGUUUCCCAGGACAUGAUUUACAAACUUCAUAUACCGACAUUAGAGAACCAGAAUAUUCAAGCACAUACGAAUAUUACAAAUUUAAGCUGCUAAGUCACUCUUUGUCUUAUCUAAGAAGGAAGUCAGUUACUAGUAAUAACCCCUUUUAUGAGCACAAGUAUAAAAAAAGGGUUCUCAGAAAACAGUGUACAGUAAUUAAUUAA